AUGUCUUUCAGCGCAACGUCGCUGCGGCCUCUGGCAAGGCAACCACUCUCUGUGGCCCGAUGCUUCUCGACCACCGCCCAGAGAUGCUUCAUACCUCCCGACUCGCCCUCCUAUAUCCGACUCCCGACUCCUCCACAAAAUGAAGAGAAGAAGAUUGACCGAGUACGAGGUUUUCUGCCGGUCCCCCGUCAGAUUUUCCACAAGAGCGACGGGGACCGCAAAACGCAGCCGGCAUACCUGGAAGAAACCGCCCCGCGUGCCAGCUGGUCGAGAAACAGCAACAAGCACCAGAAGUGGCGGAGCAAAAUGGCCAAUUCCCGCCGCUCCAACCUCGAGACCGGUCUGAAAUCUCUCUGGAACCGGCACAGCGCGAGGGAGACGAGACAGAAAUUCCGCUCUGAGCAGAAGAACAAGAGGCACCUCGAGGCUGCCCAAGCGCCCGAGCGUGAGGACGACCGGCUCACGCGGGGGUCCGUCUUUGAGUCGCUCCUGGACACCAAGGUCCACUCGGACCCCAACCGCUUCGCCCUCGCCGACCAGCGCCGCCAGGAGAUCCAGGUGGCGGAGACUGCGAAGAAGGAGGCCCGGCGCGAUGCCCUGAUGGAGCUUUACAUCAACGCCUCCAACUUCAUCACGACCGAGGCCCAGUUGAAGGAGGAGAUUGAGACGGUGUUCAGUGACGACUACUUUAAGAGCAAGAUGGGUGGUUUGUGGGGUGCUGAGAACGCUUGGGGCAUUCACGGGGCUCCUCUCUCCUUCGGAGAGAUGCUGGCCACAAGCAGAAAGAUGUCGAACAAGCUGAUUGAUAUCACGGAAUCCGAAUAUGACCGUUCUGUCAAGCGACAGAAGAAGAUUGCCGAAGAAUUCACCGGUGGAAAGAUGGAGUAG